AACUGAACCUAAAGUUUGGACAGCUUCUGAUCAAUAUCCUUUCUUGCUGCUGCAUGUAGACAAACUUUGAUCUUACAGCACAGAAUGAGCAGAAUGUCUUCCAAGCAAGCCACCUCUCCAUAUGCUCCUUCUGCUGAUGGAGAGGAAGCAAUGGUCCAGGAACGAUUGGUACGAGAGAGGGAAAGGGAGGAGCUCAGUGAUCAACACACAGCCCCACAUCUGCCCCUCCAUACAUUAGUAAUCAACAAACCUCACUCUGAGGAGCUACCCGCUGUUGUCAGCAGCCUCCAAGCAGACAGUGAUUGGGAAAACAUGGCGACCACCCAACACAGAACGGAUUCUGACAACAACAAAGUCUGUUCCCUAUACUCUUUCCGUAAUGCAACUACCUCACCACACAAGCCAGAUGAAGGGGCCCGUGAACGCGGUGACAUUAUGACCGGUGCAGUGUUUGGAACACCUGAGCGCCGCAAAGGAAGUUUAGCUGACGUGGUGGACACACUGAAACAGAAGAAGCUCGAAGAAAUGACAAAGACUGAACAAGACGAAUCAUCUUGUGUUGAGAAGUUUCUCUCAAAGGACUGGAAAGAGAAGAUGGCUGGACUCAAUACAGGGGAGAUACUUGGUGAGAUCAAAGGUACACCCGAAAGUCUUGCCGAAAAGGAACGCCAGCUGUCUGCCAUGAUCAAUCAGUUAAUUAGUUUACGGGAGCAGCUCUUGGCAGCACAUGAUGAGCAGAAGAAGUUAGCGGCAUCACAAAUUGAAAAACAGAGACAGCAGAUGGAGCUUGCCCGCCAACAACAGGAACAGAUCGCAAGACAACAGCAACAAUUAUUACAGCAGCAACACAAAAUCAACCUUCUCCAACAGCAAAUCCAGCAGGUUCAGGGUCACAUGCCUCCACUCAUGAUCCCAAUUUUUCCACACGACCAACGGACAUUGGCAGCGGCUGCUGCAGCUCAGCAGGGAUUCCUCUUCCCCCCAGGGAUAACAUACAAACCAGGUGAUAGCUACCCUGUGCAGCUCAUUCCGUCGACAAUGGCAGCUGCAGCUGCGUCUGGACUCAGCCCACUACAGCUCCAGCAACUGUAUGCAGCACAGCUUGCCAGUAUGCAGGUAUCACCGGGUGCAAAGAUCCCUUCUACUCAACAGCCUACAAAUCCUGCUGGUGCUCUAUCACCCACAGCUUUGAAAAAUGAAAAGCAGGGGACAAGCCCUGUAGCUCAUGUGAAGGAUGAAGCAGCGCAGCCACUCAAUCUGUCAGCCCGGCCCAAGACUUCAGAACCUGUUCGAUCUCCUACAUCACCCACCCAGGGUUUUUUCCAUUUAAACAAAUCUAGUCCGGUCAACCUGCCCAACAAAAGCAGCAUCCCCAGCCCUGUAGGUGGCACACCAGGAAGAGGAUCAUCUUUAGACAUCCUCUCCACUCUGAAUUCAACAGCCUUCCUGGGUGAUCAGGAUGCAGUGAUGAAGGCCAUCCAGGAAGCUCGGAAAAUGAGAGAGCAGUUGCAACGAGAGCAGCAGCUACAGCAGCCUGGGCUUGAUGGCAAAAUAUCCUCUAUGAAUAACCUGGGAAUUAACUGCACGGGUAAUAAGGAACGGGUGCCCUUUGAGAAUCUUGCACAACAGCUGACAGGAAAAACAGGGGAGGAUGUGAAGGUUGGUCCAGGGGUCAUUGACCUCACAAGACCAGAAGAUGCAGAAGGAAGCACUACGGUGACGGAGGCACGAGUUUACAGAGAAACCAGGGGUCGCAGCAACAACGAGCCACAUAUCAAACGACCAAUGAAUGCGUUCAUGGUGUGGGCAAAGGACGAGCGCAGGAAGAUACUGCAGGCAUUUCCAGACAUGCAUAACUCAAACAUCAGCAAAAUCUUGGGAUCUCGCUGGAAAUCAAUGUCCAACCAAGAGAAGCAGCCUUAUUACGAGGAACAGGCCAGGCUCAGCAAGAUGCAUUUAGAAAAAUACCCUAACUACAAAUAUAAGCCCAGACCAAAGCGCACCUGCAUUGUGGAUGGCAAGAAAUUGCGUAUUGGUGAAUAUAAGCAGUUAAUGAGAAACCGAAGGCAGGAAAUGCGGCAGUUCUUCACUGUGGGGCAACAGCCUCAGAUUCCAAUCACCACGGCAGCAGGCGUAGUGUAUCCUGGUGCUAUCUCCAUGGCAACCACAGCAGCAUCACCACAACUGACAUCCGAGUGUUCCAGUGAAUCUGGCAGUCCAGAGCCAAGCAUCCCAGUCAUCCAGAGCACUUAUAGCAUGAAGGGAGAAAGCGGCAACCUGGGCGUGAAUGAAAUGAUAAAUGGUGAAGAUGAAAUGGAAAUGUAUGAGGACUAUGAGGAUGAUCAGAAAUCAGACUAUAGCAGUGACAAUGAGAAUCAGGAGGCCAUCAGUGCCAACUGAAGAGCAACUGCAAUCAGACUGUUAUUUUGAACAAAAAAGUUAUUGAUGAGCCUGCAUGUGUGGCUCCAACAGAUUCAUCAGCAAUGGUCUUAAAUGUUUCUUAAUGUGUGAAGCAUUCUGAUUGUUCUUUUUAUUUUUACAAAAUAUCGUGGACAUUUUACAUUACUGGCUACAGCCUGAAAACAAAAAAAAAGUUCAGGACUUGAAAGCUGUUGCUUAAUAUAGAUUCACAACUAUCUGGCAGUCUUAAGUUUGUUUUUUCCCUUUCUCUUUUUGAGCUUGUUUUAAAAUGCUUUAGUUACUGUUUUCUUAAGGGGUGGGGGGUUUAUUCUCACUCAGGUAUGCUGUGUCAACCAGC